AUGCCGUCCCUCAAGAUAUCCAUACCGACGACACAGGAGCAAACGCCCGAGACAGGCAAGCCCUACACGUCGUACACGGUCAAGAUCGAGCACGCCUUCCCUCGCGCAGCAACCACUGUAUCGAAGCGCUACUCUGAUUUUACCGCUCUCGAUGCCUCCCUCCGCUCAGAAGUCCAAUCUGCCCCGCCUGCACCCCUCCCUCCAAAGUCGUGGCUCGGUGGCUUCCUCGGCUUAGGAAGCACCGCCAGCUCACCCGAAGCCGUGGAGAAGCGCCGCCAGGGUCUGGAAGCCUACUUGCGCGCGAUAGAAAGCUCGGAAGACGGGCGCUGGCGCGUGUCAAAAGCAUACAAGACGUUCUUGGGUAUCGGGGACAGUAACGGCGCAAACGGAAAGAAGGCGACUAGAGAAGAAGCAGGAUCGCAAUUCGGCAGGGACAGAGUGCGGGAUUCGGCAGAUUGGCUAGACAAGCACUCCGAGCUGAAAAGUAACCUGCAAGAUGCGCGGCGCUGGCUAACCAGGCGGGAACAAGCCACAGCAGCCACAGCGCAACACGAAGCCGCGGCGAACGCAAAGAAGAGUCUCGUCAGAGCCGGUACCUUGAUCUCCGCUCUAGACGAAGGCCUCUCCCGUCUCGGUGGAGCCAAAACCGAUGACUGGUCAAGCGAGAAGCUUGGUGAGGGUGAGAUUCGCAGGAGACGGGAUAUGAUCAGCGGAUUACGCAAAGAACGCGACGGUCUGGAAUCUGUUCUCAACAGCAUGGCCGUAAAAGCAGCAAUCUCUGGGUCCGGCUCCUCUGCAACCCCAUCAACCUCUUCCGCCGCCGUCACCGAAAGCCAAAAAGCAGGUCUCUUCAAAGGCGCCGCUUCGGCAAAACCAUCUGGCCGCCGUGUUCUGGGUGCGCCAGCUCAGGAAACUGAUAGAACGAGGGAACUUGAUAACGACGGCGUCUUACAACUACAGCAGCAAAUCAUCCGCGAGCAAGAUGAGGAUUUGGUCGACUUGGCAACCGUCGUGAGACGCAUGAAGGAGAUGGGAGUGCAAAUCAAUGCCGAGCUGGUAGAGCAGAACGCUCUGAUGGGCUUGUUCGAGGAGGAUGUAGAGAGGGUGGAUGGUAAGAUCAAGAUUGCUAAGAAGAGGGUUGACAAGAUCAGACCCACCAGCAAGAGCCAAGGUCUUACGUUGGAUUCACGGCCUGUUGUUCCCUGCUGCCUCAUCAUGUUGGAGUUGUUAUUUGUUUGCAUCAAUAGCAACCCUGGAUGGAAAGCAACAUUCAUGACGGACGAAGCCGCCGAUGAGUAUGUAAAGAAAGCAUACGUUAUGCGUCCGGAUGUUGUAGAGAACUACCUUGGUCUUUCGAUUCCCAUCUUAAAAGCCGACAUGCUCCGCUACCUGCUCCUCUUCGACCAGGGCGGCGUCUACUCCGACCUCGACGUCUCCUGUGAAGGUGUUCCAAUCGAUGAGUGGGUCCCAGAGGCAUUCAGACCAAACACCAGUCUUGUUGUGGGAUGGGAAUUCGACAUGGGCUUCGAGGACAACAUCAUGCUCGAGUUUGAAAGCUGGACCAUCAUGGCCAAGCCACAUUCGCCCCACCUACUGCAGGUCAUCGACGACAUGGUAGACGCAAUCGAAGACGUAAUGGAGAAGCACAAAGUCCCCGUGGAGAAGAUCUCUCUGGAUAUGAUUGGCGACGUUGUCGACUUUUCCGGCCCUAGACGCCUGACAUCUAUCAGCCAAAACUGUUAG